UCAACAUAUAAAGUUUUUUGCUAAUUUUCUGAAUGAUUUUAGUAAUCAUGAUUUGGUUGAGACUUAUCUUAUUUUUGUGCCUUCUCAAUUUGAGUUUGUCUGAACUUAAUAAUAAAAAGUUCCCAUCAGAUUUUUUUUUUGGUUGUGCAACGGCCGCAUUUCAGAUAGAAGGCGCAUGGAAUGAAGAUGGAAAAUCUCCAAGUGUUUGGGAUACAAGGAAUCAUAUAGUUCCUUCCGUAAUCUCAGAUAACAGUACGGCAGAUAUUGCCUGUGACUCUUAUCAUAAAUACAAAGAAGACGUCGCUCUUCUAAAAGCAAUCGGUGUCAAUCAUUACAGGUUUUCUAUAUCGUGGCCAAGGAUAUUACCGAAUGGUUUCGACGAUUACAUCAAUCCGCUUGGCGUUGGUUAUUACAAAAAUUUGAUAGCUGAAUUAAAAGCGAACAACAUCGAACCGUUAAUCACGAUUAUUCACGGAGAUCUUCCUCAAGUACUUGACGAUAUAGGUGGUUAUUACAGUCCCUCUUUUCCCGAUUGGAUAACAGAUUUUGCUAGAGUCGCUUUUAAAGAAUUCGGAGACGAUGUUAAAUAUUGGUUUACCUUUAACGAACCUUACGAAGUUUGUAUAUGGGAUGGAGCGGAAAAAGCCUAUAACUGCGCUGCUAAUUUACUAAAAGCACACGCCAAAAUUUGGCAUAUGUACAAUGAGGAAUUUAGAGCUACACAACAAGGUAAACUUUCAAUGGUACUAAAUUUAAAUUGGUAUGAACCAGAAACAAAUAGUACCGAAGAUAUAACCGCCGCUGAAACUAUGUUGCAAUUUAGUUGGGGAUUUUUUGCUCACCCAUUAUAUUACGGCGACUGGCCCGAAAUAAUGAAAACUCGCAUAGCGUACAGAAGCAAAUUGGAGGGUUACAAUCAGUCACGUCUUCCAGAAUUUACAGCAGAAGAAAUUGAAUAUAUAAAAGGAACAAACGAUUUUUUCUCCCUUAACACCUAUACUACAAGUAUGGUAAGAGCUAUUCCAGAACCUGAAAUCGGACAACCGGAUACAACCAAAGAUACUGGAGUUUACACUUAUCAACCAGAUGAUUGGCCAUCGGCAGCGUCACCGUGGUUGAAGAUUGUACCUUGGGGAAUAAGAAAAUUACUGAAAUGGUUGAAAAAUGAGUAUUUUGAUCCAGAUAUGUUAAUAACAGAAAAUGGAUACUCCGAUGCUACAGGUCAAUUGGAUGAUCCAAUCAGAACAAAUUAUUUACGAGAAUACUUGAGUAACGUAAAAGAUGCUAUGGAUUACGAUGGGGUGAAAGUAUUCGGUUAUAAUGUUUGGAGUUUGAUAGAUAAUUUUGAAUGGAUGAGCGGAUACACGCAAAAAUUCGGCUUGGUUUAUGUAGAUAUGAAUGAUCCAAACAGAAUAAGAACAAGAAAGGAUUCUUCUUAUUAUUAUCAAAAAGUUUGUGAAACUCGAUGUAUUGUCGACGAAUGUGUAGAAUAAUGAUUAAUAAACAAUAAUUAUUAAUAAGAA